GUGGCCGCCUCGCCCCCUGUGAGAAAUGUCUUUUAUGAGUUCUUCGUCUUCUUGACUUACUAGUAAUAUCUUUGCUUUCUUUCCAAUCAGUUUCACAGCCCUUUUACCUACUCAUGUACGAAUAAAAUGUCAGAUGAGCUGUUGGGCGGAUGCUUUCAGACAGAUUUGGUGCACGAUCUUGAGAGCUCAAGCAUCUUGCAUAGGGUUAUUACUGUCAGCUCCUCCGACGAAAAUUACCCAAAGGGGGCAGUGCUGUCAAUUUCUGGUACGGUCUCCGACCUCUCCCCCUCCCCCAUCUGAUUCGAACGUUGAAUCCGUAGCGAGGAAACCUCCCAAACAAAAGGUCCGGUUUUUUGUUGGCCUCAGAAUCCCUCCUCGAUUGACACUGCAUCAGAUACCAGAAUCUCCUGUGUCGAGUGCCGCCCGGUGGUGGCCGUAGAUUCUCCUUGUCUCCCUCUCCCUGCCACUUCGGCCUCUCUCUCUCUCUCUCUCUCUCUCUCCCAGUCGGUGGAUCUACCGACGCAUGCAGACGCCGCGCAGUGUUACGGAGGCGUCACAUCCGACAUGCACGCUGCUGCCGCCCUCGAACACCCCAAAAUAUCCAUCUUGAGGACGCCGCACAUUCCCUCCCCUGCGGUGCCUAAGGCAGCCGCACUGGGCUCGGUAGGAGCUCAACCACGGCGUGGCGGAGGCCGGACGCUACUCCAUGUGAAGCCUGGUCUUGGAUUUGACAGAUGAUUAUUACCUCGGUACCACGGCUUGGAUUCGUUGUAGACCUGAUGAUGAGACGAGGGAGAACUACUGCAUGCUGUGUGUGAAGCCAUUUAAGCGGGGCUAAACCUGUUGCGUAUUGAUUAAGUGGGGGUGGUGGUAAUCUGCAGCGUAGUAUAAAGCGAUGACACGUUGGUCUUCCUUCCCGGCUCUUCCAUUGCCUUUUAUACACACAGGCAGGCCUCCUCAGACAAGCCAUUCUUCUCUCUCUCUCUCUCUCUCUCUCUCUCUCUCUCUCUUACUGUGUUGCCAUGACCGAUGAUGGGGCAGUCUCCUCUGCAGGGACCUCUUCCUCCUCUCCAUCCAGGCCACCCCAAACCCCCAGGAGGGCGAUGGAGGAGGUGUGGAAGGACAUCAGCCUCAGCAGCCUCAACCAAGACGUGCCUUCCGCUCCUCCCCCGUCGUCACUCCACUACCAUCACGCCUCCGCUCCCACCGCCGCCGCUUCCUCCUACGUCAGCGGGAUCACCCUGCAAGACCUCCUCUCCGGUGCCUUCACGGAGGCGGAUCUGAUCCCCCCUGCAUGCCCCCGCCGCCCUGCCGCCCUCAGCCUCGGCUCCAGCCGUCUCGGCCCCGACUCCAACUUUAGCAACAGCGGGGGCUCCUCCUCCAGCGGCCGCGCCGGGAUCGUCAUGAUCAAGCACGACGGCUGCGGCAAUGUCGCCGACAGGCGGAAGAAGCGGAUGAUCAAGAACCGGGAGUCGGCCGCCCGGUCCAGGGCCAGGAAACAGGCUUACACAAAUGAGCUGGAGAAGGAAGUGAAGCAUCUCGUGGAAGAGAACAAGAAGCUGAAGCUGAAGCUGAAGCAGGAGGAGUUACGGAAGCAAACGAUGGCUGCUCAGCUUCCUGUGGCCAAGAAGCGGCAGCUCCGAAGAGCCUCAACAGCUCCAUUUUGAAGAAGACGAGAACAACAGCAGCAGCAGCAGCAGAUUCCACCACCUCUUUCUCACUUCUUACAAGACAGUAAGUUGAGUUUGUCACAGGUUUUGCUUCUGCAGGCAUGGCAAGCUUCUCACAGAGUGACAUGGCAGUUUUCCAGUAUCUGGAUCUGUUCCUCCCCAGAAAAAAGAAAUGUUGUCUGUCUCGUGGGCACAUCUCUCUCUCUCUCUGCAUAUACAUAUAUGGACAUAUC